AUGAGCGGAAACGUGACUUGGGUGAGUGAGUUCAUCCUAAUGGGUCUCUCCAGUGACAAGCACAUCCAAGCUGGACUCUUUGUCCUCUUUGGGGUCACGUACCUGCUGACCCUGCUGGGCAACGGACUCAUCGUCCUCCUGAUUGCACUGGACCCGCGACUCCACCUGCCCAUGUACUUCUUCCUCUGCCACCUUUCCGUGGUAGACAUCUGCUACACCUCCAGCGGGGUCCCUCAGAUGCUAGCCCACUUCCUCAUGGAGAAGAAGACCAUCUCUUUCGCCCUAUGUGGGACCCAGCUCUUCUUUGCUCUGACCUUGGGAGGGACUGAGUUUCUGCUGCUGGCUGCCAUGGCCUAUGACCGCUAUGUAGCUGUGUGUGAUCCACUACGCUACACAGUGGUGAUGAGCCCAAGGCUCUGCAUGCUUCUGGCAGGUGUCUCUUGGUGUGUGGGCGUGGUGAAUUCUGCCGUGGAGACAGCAGUCACCAUGCGCCUUCCCACCUGUGGGCACAAUGUGCUCAACCACGUGGCCUGUGAGACCCUGGCACUGGUCAGGCUGGCCUGUGUGGACAUCACCCUCAACCAGGUGGUGAUCCUGGCCUCCAGUGUGGUGGUGUUGCUGGUGCCCUGCUGCCUGGUCUCUCUGUCCUACGCCCACAUUGUGGCUGCCAUCUUGAGGAUCCGCUCCACCCAGGGACGCCGCAGAGCCUUUGAGACCUGUGCCUCCCACCUGACUGUGGUCUCCAUGUCUUAUGGGAUGGCCCUCUUCACCUAUAUGCAGCCCCGUUCUACAGCCUCUGCUGAGCAGGAUAAGGUGGUGGUUCUCUUCUAUGCUGUGGUCACCCCCAUGCUGAAUCCUCUCAUCUACAGUCUCAGGAACAAGGAUGUGAAGGCUGCUCUGAGUCGAGUUCUGACGAAGAGCUUUGAGUCGAAUUAG